AAUAACCCCCAAACCUUGAAGUACUAAUGUAAUAUAGAAACCAGUUCACCUGAUCACUUCCACAAUACUCCUCUCAUAACAUCGUCAUCUUGAAUGACAUAUACACCAACAACAUACGCAUACUUAUUACACUACAUACCUAUAUAUUCAGCGUAGAAGUAGAAAUUUAAGCUGAUGGAGAACAAGUUGUAUGAUGCAUGUGUGGAAGGAGAUGCAGAGAAGCUGGAAGCACUAAUGAGAGAAGAUAAACUUAUUCUCGCUAGGCUUUCACUUUUAUCUUGCUCUAAUCAUACACCUCUGCAUUUAGCAUGUAUGUUGGGUCAUUUUAAUUUUGCUAAAUCUCUCCUUUCUUACAAGCCUGAUUUCGCAAGCUGGUUCGAUUCACAAGGCCGUUCUCCUCUUCAUUUGGCAUCUGCAAACGGAUAUGCAAAUAUCGUUCAGCUGUUGUUACAGAUAAAUCCGAAGAUGUGUCGAAUUUGUGACGAAGAUGGAAGGACUCCUCUGCAUUUGGCUGUGAUGAAUGGUCAACAUGAGUCUGCUGCUGAGUUGUUAAAAGCCAGCUCUGAUUUUGAUCGAGGAAAAGUAUUGCGGCUGUGUGUUGUGUACAAUCGUUUGAACAUUCUUGUACUUGUAUUAGGAUCGAAUUUCGCGGACUUGUCGACCAUCAAGGAUGAGAAAGGCAACACUGUUCUGCACUCUGCAACAGAGUUGAAACGGGUGCAGAUGAUAAAAUACCUGGUGACGAGAGGUGAUGUACUGGACUUGAAUGCGGUGAAUAAAAAUGGUCUCACAGCUUUGGACAUAAUAGAGCAGAUGCCCCAAGAUGUGAAAACCAUGGAGAUCAAGGAGCUUCUUAUUUCAGCUGGCAGUUUGAGAGCUAAACUAAACAAAGGUGCAACUUCAGAAAUAGUAGUUGAACAAGGACCAGCAGCACCUGACAAAAAUAAAAAGGGGGUAAAGAAGAAGAAUUCGAAAAGCUCUAGCAACUUUCCAAAGAAACAGCCGAAGAAAGACAAGAAUUUACUGGUAGCAGCAUCUGUGAUAGCUGCAAUGGCUUACCAAGCAGCUCUUAGCCCACCCGGGGGCCUCGCUGCAGUGGAUGCCACCACAAACUUAGCCCCUUCUUAUGACACAUAUAAGCUUAAACCUGCAACUUCUCUUGUAUCCGCAUUUAUGCAAGACUAUAGUGCUGUGUUUUGGAUAUCUAACACCAUCGCCUUUAUGGCUGCUUUGAGUGUGAUCUUUCUAUAUGUGAGCGGUGCAAGGCUCCACCAAAGGUUUCUUGUUUGGCUUAUACGAUUAGGCAUGUGGAUAACUCUCUCAGCGAUGACAUCCGCGUAUGUGUGUGCAGUUCUUGCCAUCAACCCGGAUGAAGAUAUUCAUAAACCUGGCAGUACAUUUUUUGCACUUGCAAUUGGACUAGUAGCAUGGGCUGGACUGAUUGCCCUUACCUUUGUGGUUCUUGUUUUUAAAUCCCUCAGCUACAUUGUGAGGAAAUUUUUUACGAUUAUUAAAAGGGCUACUAGGAAGAAGAAGAAGAAGAAGAAUACAGGUGAAGAAGGUGAAGCAGCUUCAGGCUUUAGCACCCCAGACACAGACACUUAUAUUGUCUAAUUAAAAAUACUAGUAUGGAAUCUAUGUUCAAUUUCAACUCACAAUGGAGUUUGAGAUAUCUAUUUACUUCUUUAAUUUCUCUCCUGGAGGUACUGUAUUAUUUUCAUUAUUUACCCCAAGAGACUCUGUUCUCUCCA